AUGCAUCGAUUUCUCAAUGGUUAUACUACCUAUCUCAAUUGUCCAGCAACAUGUACUACAUCGAAUAUAAUUUAUGCCAUGACAUGUCCAUGUGGUCAUUAUGAUUAUGUUGAUUCAACAGCAAAAACAUUGGCUGAUGCUAUGGCUUAUCAUCGAGAACAUGGCAAUCGAAUUAUACAUGAAAAAUUAACUGGUAGUCCUCUAUUUCGAGGAUCACAAAUCGAUCCUGACGAGAGAGAAAAAGAAAUGGUUAAUCAAAUGCGUCUCUAUCAACAUUCAGCUCGUUGUCCAGAAGCACUCCGCUCAUUUCUUGAUUGUAAUCCUAUGUAUUGGUGUUUUAUUCCUCUACCUGUGGAUGAAGCAGCAACAGAAAAUGCUGCUAAUCGUCCAGGAAAUUCUACUACAGAUCCCAACCUGGAUGCUGUGAUAGCAACUACUGCCGUAGACAAUCAUAGGGUGCCUAAUUAUCUAGAUAAUGUACCAUUACCACCAACUCCCUAUGCCUUCUCAUAUCGACAGAUAAAACAACAGCGUCUAUUUUUCGAACGAUUUGUUACUUCUUCCAUUCAUUACCGACCUUAUAUCAAAUUAGAUUUGUAUAACAUAGCAAUCAUUGCUGUUUUACCAAAUGAUUGUUCAAUGAUACUACGAUACAUCAUCGAAACAUUAUUCAUUAUUCAUGGUGAAACUAAAUUAAAUAUGAUUUGUCCACUUGGUGGUAAUGCUGAAAAACGUUACGGUCGUCCGUAUAACCUACAUUGGUGUGAUAAUUUGAAUAAUUCAUCAAUGUAA